AUGAUUUCUUCAGUUUCAACCAAAUUAAAUUCAUCAAAGAAAUUAUUAAAUGUAGUAUCAUAUACUACAGUUGCAAAUAAUGCAAAUAAAAAUAAUAAUAGUAAAUCAAUUUAUAAUAUUUUAAGAAGAAAGAGAGAUAGACAAGGUUUAGUUAAUGUUGAAGCAUUUGAAAAUGGUGAAAGUACAGUUUUCCCAAGAUCAAGACAAGGUUUAGAUUAUGAUUUAAAUUGGACAUUAAAUGGUUACUCAAUUACACCAUCAUAUUCAGCAUAUCGUAAUCCAAGAUUACCAUUACUUUUACAACAUUCAAAUGGUGUAACCGAUAAGAACAACGUAUUGAUUACAUCAUCAUCAAGUCAAGAACCAAAAAAUGUAGUAAACUUCUUUUUAGAUGAAACCAUCUCAUCAAAGAAUAACAAAGAUAGUAGUAAAGUCAUUUCAAUCGCAGAUUAUAAAUUAGUUUUGGAAAAAGUUAAACAAAACAUUUCAGAAUCCACCAAUAUCUACGUACACGAUUCUGCAGUUGGUAGUUGUAGAGAUGUCGAGUCAAAGAUCAGAUUCGUCACAAAUGAUGCUGUAUCCUCAUUAUUUGUUAAACAUUUAUUACCAACCACUACUCCAACUCAAGUAAAUGAAUUUAAACAUCAAUUAACUGUUUAUUGUGUACCAGAAUUUAAAUUCCCAUCAUCUUCAUCAUCAUUACCAUCAUCAUCAUUCAAUAUCAUUGAUACUAAAAGAGGUAUUGCUGUUAUCGUUGGUAUUCAGUCAACUGAAAACAUUAGAAAUGUCAUCUCUUCAAUCUCUUCAAAUAUCUUAAUGAAUACCAAUCAAGAUGCUCUUAGUUUAUCCGCUGAUAUCUAUACCUCAUCUGAAGAUGCUUCACCAGUACUCAUUUUCAAUAAUGAUGGUUUCCUCUUAAAUAAGAAUUUCGAAUCUGGUAAAGUUGUCUCUCAAGGUGCUAUUUGGUCAAAGAAUACUCUUUCACGUUUAUAUAAUUCAAUUACUUAUAAUUUUGAAUCAAUUGCUCAAAAUCAAUUUGACUUGAUUGAAAAAUUUGUUGGAUCAAAAAAAGUAAAUACAACUGUACCAAUUAAAUUCGAAACUAAUAGUUUCAAACAACCAUCAUCAGUUGUAUUCAUUAUUAAAGAUAAUAGUGGUGUAAUUCCAGCAUUCUCUCAAUUAAAUUCUGAACAAGCUCAAAAAUAUUUCGUAUCUGGUUUUGUUGGUGAUGAUGUUUAUCAACCAUUCUUUAUUAAAGAACAAAAUACAACUCAAAAUAUUCAAAAAGCUGAACUCUUCAAAAAUUUAAUUAAAGAUGGUGGAGUUAAUGUAUAUAUUAUUAAUCCAUCCUCUUUCCAAAAAGAUGCUGAAGUUGAUAAAUUACUUGGUUCAAUUAUGUCUGGUAAAGUUGGUAAAUCAACUACAUCUGAUGUUUACACUACUUUAUCACCAAUUCAAGUUUCAUCUGCUACUCAACCAAAGAAUGCUGAAGAAAUUAAAAAAUUAGCCAAAUCUUUUGAAUCAAAAUUACAAAAACAAGUUGAUAGCCUUUUAGUUUAA